AAGGCUGGAAUCUUACCAACCAGAUCCUGAAGAACUAACAGAUGACCACCCAUUAGACUACCGAAGUUUUAUGGCAUCCGGGCUGGAAUUAGCCCAAAGAUACUACCUGAGGUGGACAAUGAACAACUCUACUGAGUGCCAUGAUGAUCACACCCUGGAUAAGUAUUUGUUUCCAUUUGUGUACAGCAUUGUGAUGCUGAUCAGUAUUCCCAUCAACUGCAUAUCCCUCUGUGCAGCUUGCAUUCAGGUGAAGAAAAAGAAUGAGUUAGCAGUCUACAUCUUCAGCCUAUCCCUGGCUGACCUUUUGUACUGUCUGAUUUUGCCUCUGUGGAUUGAUUAUGCCUGGAAUGGAGAUAACUGGAGGUUCUCUGCCUUGCUUUGCCAGAUUUCUGCCUUCCUUAUGUAUAUGAAUUUCUACACCAGCACUGCAUUCCUUGCUUGCAUCUCUGUUGACAGGUACCUGGCUUUAGUUCACCCCCUGAAGCUCCAGCAGUUGCGCACAAGAAGGUUUUCGUUGGUUGUCAGCAUAAUUAUUUGGCUUCUGGAAAGUAUCUUGAAUUCAGCUCUAUUAGUCAACACUGAAGUAUUCAAUGAUCCUUGCAAUUUCAUUGAUCAUACAUUAUGCUAUGAUAAAUACCCCUUGGAACGGUGGCAGUCAUGGAUAAAUAUAUUCCGGAUAGUCUCAGGAUAUCUGGCCCCUUUGAUAACCAUCGUGUUUUGCUACCAUAAAAUCUACCGAGUAGUGAGGUGCAAUCAAGCCACAGUAGAUGAAGAAAAAAAAAAAGUGAGGAAACUUAUUCUGAAUAUCACAAUUACUUUCAUUGUUUGCUUCACUCCUUAUCACAUUAUACUGCUUAUUCGUAGCAUCAAAGAACUUCACACGACUGACCCAAAGCUUUUGCAGCUGACGUAUAAGGUUUACAGAAUCACACAGGCCUUAACAAGUUUGAAUUGCAUCGCUGAUCCCAUUCUUUACUGCUUUGUGAGUGAAACUGCACGAACAGACAUACUGAAUUUGCUCAGGUGUUGCUUGUGCCUACAAAAGCAUGAAGGAGACCAAGCAAAAGACCAUGCUCUGUGCAGUUCUGGUGCGAAGAGCAGCACACCAAUCACCUACAGAACUUCCUGUGAAACACAGAGUGUCAAAAAUGCCUGA